CCUCAAACAACCAGGAACCCCGUCGUCUCCUCCGACGUUUCCAGCCGAGAUCAUUUACCGGCUGGAACCGUUCAUGACAAAAUAGCAUGCCAAGUUAGCCACUUUCGCUCUAUUGGUUUCAUAUUCCUCGUAUUUUAUUCAAUAUUUUCUGCACUUUGAUUAUCAGAGAUGGAGACUACCCAGGAGUCCAGCGUGGCCCCGGACCGGUCCCUGGUGUCUGAGGACGGGAGGAACAGCAAGGCUGUGCUGUGUCAGAGAUGCGGCUCCAAGGUGCUCUGUCCCGACACGGCUGUGUUCAAGGAGAAGGAGCUGUUCCUGCCGUCCAUGCGGAAAAAGACGGGCCUCAGCACUACAGAUGGCUCAGUAGAUGGUGACACUCUAAGUUCUCACUGGUUAGUGGACGACGUGUACACCUUUGAGAACGUGGGCUUCACGAAAGACGUCGGGAGGAUCAAGUAUCUAAUCUGUGCCGAUUGUGAAAUUGGACCGAUUGGCUGGCACAGUUUAGAUGACAAGAAAAGUUUCUACGUUGCUUUGGAACGAGUGAAUCAUGGAUAGUAUUUAUGCAUUUCUGAUCCCAAAGACUUAAAAACGUGUUAACAGGCUAUGCAUUAUUUUACGGAUUUACACCAACUAAAUCCAUCAUAUAUUACUCUUACAGAUGCAUCUGUGCCAUUGUUUGUAGUUAUGGAAUUGUAAUGUGUUAAUUCAACUGUCAUGCUGACAAUAAUAAGAUCAUCCUGUUCUAAUAAUAACAUUAAAAAACCUUUUUUUGUAA